ACGAAAAAAUUGGGUUUUGUAUGUGGACUGUGGAGUGCCGUGAUAUCUAAAGUGAGAAUAAUAUUGAAGAAAAGGUUGUGGGGAGGGGAAGGUGAAAUAUUAAAAUUAGGAUUUGAAAAUGGCCCAAAUAAAUAAGAAACAUUCCGAAGAUGAACUGGGCCAAAAAUGGGAUAGGUGUGUUACUGAUGGUAUUCUUAAAGCAGGUGGUGGAUUAGCUCUAGGAUUGCUGAGUUCUCUUCUUUUAUUCAAAGCUAAACGCUGGCCAAUCAUCUUUGGUGGUGGCAUUGGUGUUGGUCUGGCUUAUAGAAACUGUGAGCAGGAAAUCAAUGCAUCAUUAACUAAGACGUAGUCCUUCUUCAAACAAGAUAGCCAUUUUUUGUAUAAUAUUAAAAUUAUUGUUGCAAUUAAUUCAUAGAACAUUUGUUAAAUUCCUUGUGCGGCUUCAAAAUAAAUGUUAAUGCUUUAAUUUUAAGCUAAA